AUGAUGAUGGACCUUUUUGAAACUGGCUCCUAUUUCUUCUACUUGGAUGGGGAGAAUGGAGCCCUGCAGCAGCUGGAGAUGGCAGAGGGCUCCCCCCUGUACCCGGGCAGCGAGGGCACCCUGUCCCCCUGUCAGGACCAAAUGCCGCCAGAGGCCGGCAGUGACAGCAGCGGAGAGGAGCAUGUGCUGGCACCCCCGGGACUACAACCCCCUCACUGCCCCGGCCAGUGCUUGAUCUGGGCUUGUAAAACUUGCAAGAGAAAGUCGGCCCCCACGGACAGGAGGAAAGCGGCCACCCUGCGGGAGAGGCGGCGGCUGAAGAAGAUCAACGAAGCCUUCGAGGCUCUGAAAAGGCGGACUGUGGCGAACCCCAACCAGAGGCUGCCCAAGGUGGAGAUCCUGAGGAGCGCCAUCAGCUACAUCGAGCGGCUGCAGGACCUCUUGCACAGGCUGGAUCAGCAGGAGAAAAUGCAGGAGAUUGGGGGCGACCCCUUCAGCUUCAGCCCCAAGCAGGGAAAUAUCUCCAGCUCAGACUUCCUGAGCACCUGCAGCUCCGAGUGGCAAAACGUUUCUGAUCAUUCCCGAGGGCUGGGGGUCGGCCCCAAAGAAGGGGGCUCCAUCGUCGAGUCGUCGGCUUCCAGCAGCCUUCGCUGUCUCUCUUCGAUAGUGGACAGUAUCUCUUCCGACGAGCCCAAACUACCCAGCGUGGAGGAGGUGGUGGAGAAAUAAAUCCAGUUGCUCUGGUAGUAUAUUUAACGGAGAUGGAAACCCCCCUUCCCCCCCAACCUAAAUAAUGAAUUAAGUUAAUAUAGUGGAAAGCCCGGGCAGGGGCCUUGUUAAGGUCGAGUCAAGGUACGCCUUCCCCAAAGAAAAUGGCCCUCACCGACUCGAACUACAUAGACGUUCCCCUCUUUUCUUUCCCCCCUUUCCCCCCCCCCCGAGUUUUGUUUUCUUUAAACUUCGUUGCAUAGACCACCCCUCAUCCCUUUUUUAUUUAAGAUACUUACUUGUGUACCGGUGAUCCGCUUUGUCUGAUUCUCACCGAAAAGUUCAUUCCUGUCUGAGUGAAGCUGUUGGUUGCAUUUCGUGUUAGUCGUAUUUAAAGAGUUCCCGCCUCGUUUCAUUUCUGUAAAUAAUUUUAGUACUGUCUUUUCUUUUGUAAACAUGACAAAUAUAUAUUUAAA